CAACAUAUAGACUUCAAUAGUAGACAGAUUAUUGUCUAUACAAUAUGUCAAGCUCUAAAUCUUCCCAGUCCAGAAAAGUUGUGAAUAAAUUAAAGUGAGACAAAGAUCUGAAUCAGAACAUUAGAGAACUUCAUGACUCAUUUGACACAAGGAAGAAAAAAACAGAAUCUAGUUAACACUCCCUUCUAGCUCACCUGGCCCUGUAAUAGAUAUGUAGGCUCUGUAAACAACAAAAAUGGCCAAUGGACAUGAUGGAAGCUAUAUUUUUGUCAGGUGAGCAAUUCAGGGUCUUAGGAGCCUCUUGUAUGAAUGACAAGUGGCUCAUGAUACAGUUUGCCAAUUGAUCUGUCUCUGAUUAUAAUAAAGUUAUUUUAAAAUUGAUUUUUUCGCAGCUUCCUGUGUAGAACUGACCCUGCUGAUGUCGCUAGAGUGGAGGCUAAGACAUGGAUAUCAACAGAACAAAAGUAUGAUACAGUCCCUCAUGUUAGGGAAGGUGUCAAAGGUAUUUUGGGACAGUGGAUUUCACCACCAGAAAUGGAAAAAGAGAUGAAUGACAGAUACCCUGGCUGUAUGAAAGGCAGGACUAUGUUUGUGAUUCCAUUCAGUAUGGGGCCUACUGGAGGACCAAUCAGUAAAAUUGGUAUACAGCUGACUGAUUCUAACUAUGUAUUAUUAUGUAUGAAUAUUAUGACCCGUGUGUCACCAAAGAUUUGGGAGACAUUAGGAGAUGGUGAUUUUGUCAAAUGUAUACACUCUGUUGGCUGUCCUAGACCUGUUACAAGAAAGGUUGUAAACCACUGGCCAUGUAAUCCAGAGAGAAUCAUGAUAGCUCACAGACCAACACAGAGAGAAAUCAUGUCAUAUGGUAGUGGGUAUGGUGGAAACUCCUUGCUUGGAAAGAAAUGUUUUGCCCUUAGAAUAGCCAGUGUUAUUGCUAGAGAUGAAGGAUGGCUUGCAGAACAUAUGUUGAUUAUGGGACUUAAAAAUGAUAAGACAGGUGAAGAAAAAUUUAUUUGUGCAGCUUUCCCCAGUGCUUGUGGUAAAACAAAUUUAGCCAUGUUACAGCCAUCUGUUCCUGGAUACACAGUCAGAGUCGUAGGUGAUGAUAUUGCAUGGUUGAAGUUUGAUAAAGAGGGUACCCUGAGAGCCAUCAAUCCUGAGGCAGGAUUCUUUGGUGUAGCACCAGGUACCAACUUUAAAACCAACCCUAACGCCAUGAAGACAUUCCAGAAAAACUCCAUAUUUACAAAUGUAGCUGAGACUGCUGAUGGAGGAUUUUUCUGGGAAGGCAUGGAAGAUGAAGUAGACAAGAACAUGAUGAUAACAACAUGGUUGAAUAAGAAAUGGCAGAUUGGAUCCCCAGGAAAGGCAGCACAUCCUAACUCUAGAUUCACUGCCCCAGCUAGUCAGUGUCCUAAUAUACAUCCUGAUUGGGAGAAACCAGAGGGAGUUCCUAUUUCUGCAAUUAUCUUUGGUGGAAGGAGACCUACAGGUGUACCAUUGGUGUUUGAGACUUUCAGCUGGCAACAUGGAGUAUCUGUAGGAGCCUGUGUAAAGUCUGAAGCUACUGCAGCUGCUGAAUUUAAAGGAAAGAUGAUCAUGCAUGAUCCAAUGGCUAUGAGGCCAUUUAUGGGAUAUAACUUUGGAAAUUAUCUAAAGCACUGGUUAGAUUUGGAAGCCAAACCACACAAGGUUCCUAAAAUCUUCCAUGUGAACUGGUUCCGAGUAGAUGAAGAAGGUGAAUUCCUAUGGCCAGGUUUUGGUGACAAUAUCCGUGUAUUGGAUUGGGUAUUAAGAAGAUGUGCUGGAGAGGAAGGCAUUGCCGAGAAAACUCCUGUAGGUUUUAUACCCAAAAAAGAGUCAUUUAAUUUGACCAACCUUGGUGAUCUUAAAUGGAAUGAACUGUUCAGUAUUCCUAAAUACUAUUGGCUGGACGACAUCAGAGAAAGCAAAAGAUUCUUAGAAGAUCAAGUAGGAACAGAUGUACCACAAGUUAUCUGGGAUGAACUUGAUGAACAAGAAAAGAGACUACGGGAAUUACUGUAAAACAUUUGUUGACCAGGAAUCCAUGUCUUGCAAAUGUUUUGAGUCAAGGUUACUGAAGUGUUUGGUGGCUUUUUCACAGUAGACAGAGAUUGAAGUGGUGAUAAUAUAUCAAAAUAUCUCGUUAUUUGUUGUUAUUUGUUAAAGACAUAUAUUUUAUAUACAUCGUUAAAGAUGCAAUACAAGUGCUUUUAGUAAAUAAAGAAAUAUUUAUCAGAUUAGAUGUUGACCGUAAAGUAUAUACAUGUGUUAUAGUUUGUUACAAUUCUUGUUAUUAAAAUGUCUCAGAAUCAGAUCACUUCAUGUUUGAUCAUAUGGUCAAAUUUGUGAUUGUUAAAUUUUUUUUCAUGUUAAGUGAAAAACAUGUCAAAUUUUUAAUGAAAUAGAUUUAGAUAUUUCAAAACUGAUUUUAAUACUAACUUUUGUUUUAUAAUAUUUUUCACUGUUAUCUGAAUUAUGAAAUAUUAGAAAUAAAAUUGAUUUUUCCAAAUUUUAGUAGCAAAUUGCAAGAACUCACAUAUAAGCAUUUAUCAAAAGUUGCCACCAUUUGUUGACAGAUAUUCCAAAUAAUCCAUAUUAAAUCCACGUUAACAAAGGAAAAUAGAGCUGUCUACAUUUAAUUUGAAAAGUGUAGUUUUAAUACAGUAUAAAAAUUACUCCAGACAUGAAAGUUUUUUUUAAACAUUUAUAAGCAACUUUUGUAGGUACUGAUUUUAUAUGAUUUGACUAUGUUAAACCAUACUUGUUUUAAUUGUUUGCAUAGUUUAGAGGUUUUCUCAUAUUUUUAUGUCUGACUUAGUACAUCAACUUUGUUUUAUGCCAUUAGAGAACAUGCUAAAUCCAAGCCUGUAUAUGUGGCAUUAUGGACCUUACACCAUAUUUUUAUGUUUGACUUAGUACAUCAGCUUUGUUUUAUGUCAUAAGAGAAAAUGCUAAAUGUGGCAUUAUCAACCUUACACCAUAUUAAUAUCCGUAGGAGAUUUCUAGGUUAUACUGUUAUAGUAUUUUCAAGGUAUGUUGAUUGUGACUGAAAUCCCAAGAAGAUAAUCAUUUUAUAUCGGAUAGUUAAAUCCUUAGUUAGUCAAUCAAGUGGUGCUAUAAGUACAAAAUUUACAAAUGACCAUUCCACUGUUGUUAUAUGUGAUUUUAGAAACCUUAAAAUAUCAGUUUAGAUCCUUUGUUUCAAUUAUGAUAAUCCAAUGGUUUUAGUCUAUUUUAGCUAAAUAUCAAAUAUUUCUUGGCAUUAUUCAGACGUGAUGAUUGUGUUCUUGGCUUUCUGGGAAUAAAUACAAUUUCUGGUAUUUUAAAAACUUGAUUUUAUAGCUAAAGCUUUUAUAUAUAUACAGAGUAGCUAAUUUCCGAAAGCCAUUUUCUAAUUGUACACCAUUCCUGCAGUAUAUAUAGGUGCAAUUUUUAUUAUAUAUACAUUUAUUUACGAGAUUUUUACUCGCACAGAAUACCCGGUAUUAAGCAUUACGUUUUAUUUAGUUAUUAUAUAUUUUUGUUUUUGUUUAUCAACUUUUUUUUGGAUAAAUUAAUUGAUAUUGUUAGAUGUAGUCAUUCCAUAAAACAUUUCAAAUGUAAAACUAUGAUACAUGAUAUUAAAGUUGAAGCUUCAUUUUCCAGAAGGCAGUGUAAGAUUUGUUCACUUUUGCCAGCCUUUAAUGUCAUCAAAUGCCUUUGCCUGCAAUAAAGGUGUUACUUUUUUGGAGUAACAAUUGUCUGCACCUUAAUUAAAAUUGAUUAGGUAAAUUGAAUAAGUAUGUAUGCUGCAUCAUUUAGAAGAGUAAACAGUUGAAUAUGCACCCAUGCAUCUCAGUAACAGUGAUUAAGUUACUUUUUAAUUUAUAUAUAGGCUUGUUAAAUUGAUGAAUCUGAGUUUUUUGGGAAAUAAUUUUCCUGGGGAGGGGGGGGGGGGGGGCAAUACAUGGUGAAAUGAGAGCCUUUAUCUCAUAUAAUUAUGUCCUGAAUUUGCAAACAAUGUUUGCCAUUGGACAUUAUUCAAACAACAAUCAAUAAAUCUUUAGAUAGUUUAUUUGUUACAUUUCCAUUUCAGCAAGAACAUUUAUCCUAUUAAAAUUUCAAGUUUUUUCUGUGAUUAGUUUUUUUUCUUUGUGCCAUUAAAAGGAUUAAUAUUAUGUUAUUUUUUAUUGUGAGAAAUCUCUUUCAAAAUAUCAAUCCUGUAUCUUUAAGGAGAAUUGUAAUGGUUUCCUUAUAUUUAUAUUGUUACACUAUUGUUGAUAUAUAAGUGUGCAAAAAUAAAGUAGUAUUGCUUGAAA